AUGAAAAUUAAUACACUUCGUAAAAAGUGUAAAGCUGCAGGUUUGCCGACGGAUGGAAGCCGCAACGAUUUAAUGGUACGUUUGGAGGAAAACUUGGAAAAGACGUCAUUCGUCAGUUGCAAUUUUGAGCCAUCGCGUGUUUCAUCCCCUACGUCACCAACACACAAUAAUUCUAGAAUAGAAUCAAACACAUUACAAAUUCUGCACACAAUGUCUCUGCCAACGACAACGCCUGCGUCAUUGGAUUCGACAACUUUUACAACUCGUCCAAUAUGUACAACGUCUGUACAAAAGUCGAACUCAGAGAAUAUUUGCAACAAUUUAACAACGCAUCGUUAUUACGAUGAAAACAACAACAAUCAACAGUCAUCAAGUAUGCAGAAAACUACUCUGCCUAACUUCGCAGUAACGACAAGCGACCAACAAAAUAUGACGUCGUCACCAACGAGUAUGUAUACACCACAUACACAAACAUCAACUAAUGGUCGUUAUUUUGAAUUUCAACCACAAUUUGUUGCCACAACACACUCGAAUGUUCGUCAGCCACAUGUUGCUACAUUAAAUGGUGGUUACAAUUAUGGUCAACAUGUUGCUAAUGUGGCAAAUGUGGAAAUGUUUCCCAUACGAAAUGUAGCUGCUAGUAGUGUUUCUCAGCAAUAUGUUCCUGUUUCGACGGGUGCCCAUUAUUUUCGUUCUCAUAUUAAAGACAAAAAUGUUGCAAGGGUGAUUGACAACAGCUUUGAUGCAAAUUCUGUUGCGAGCAACUAUACACAUAAUUUUGCAACGUAUACUGACAUGCACGGACAAGAAAAUUGUGAGAAUGAAAAUGUAUACACAACGAGUUCAAAUGAAGGUAUUAAUUCAUAUGGCAACAUGCACGAAAAUAAAAAUUUUGAAAAUCAACACACAAACAUGAGUUUUGCCGCUGAUGGAAACAGAAUGUAUAAUAAUUAUCAAUGGAAUUAUGAGCAACAAAAUUUAUCGGACGGUUGUGUAAAUAGGAAUUAUAAUAUGCCUAAUGCAGAACGACGUAAUAUUAAUGAUACACCAGUUUUUACACCUCGAAAGCAGGUAACAUUUUCAAUUCCUUCGGUUCCAAUGGACAAUUUUAACGGCAAUGAAAUGAAUCAACAACGGAAUAUGGGGUCAGGUUAUAAUUUUGACAAUGGCUAUACUAAUGUACGUGAAGUAGUAUCUUUAUUGCCGGAAUUUAACCCUACAUCAUUAUCGUCGAUAAACGCAAGACAAUUUAUAAAUCGUGUGGAACUUUUACGGAUUGCAUAUCGAUGGAACGAUGAAAUUCUAAUUUUUGCAGUUCAACAGAAAAUGCAAGGUGCCGCCAAGUACUGGAUCGAUUCUUUGGAAUUGGUGUUUAGAUCGUGGGCGGAAUUUGUCAGGAAAUUUAUCAAUGAUUUUCCGUGUGUGGAGAACGAAGCAGAUAUCCACGUUAAGAUGUCACGUACCAAACGUAAUGGUGAUGAAUCUCCACAAGAUUAUUAUUAUCGGAUGCUGGCUAUAGGUAAACGAGGUGGAUUGUCAGACUCCGCCAUAUCCCGCCACAUAAUUAAUGGUAUAAACGAACCUGAUUUGAAAAUGAAAAUUUCAAACAAUUACUGCGAGUGUAGCGACUUGUUGCGUGAUAUUGUGACAUUUUGUAUGCACAAUGAAAUAAAGCAGUCAACGAAGGACACGAGAAUAAAGGGGUCUACCCCAACUACAGUGAGUUAUCGAAAUAAUUAUAGUGAUAAACGAAGCGAAAAUACUGUUAAGUGUUUUAAUUGCCACGAACCGGGACAUUAUUCGAAAAAUUGUCCUGUACCGCAACGUAAACCGAGAUGUGCAAGAUGUAAUCGUACGAAUCAUCAGACCGAAAAUUGUCCUGAUGGACACGAACAGGAGGGACGCCAUCCAACCGUCAACCAAAUCGAUGAACCGAAAACGAAAUUACAGGUAAUUGUAAAGCAAAUAAUUGUUAACAAUGCGACGACGGACGCUUUUAUUGAUCCUGGAAGUAAAUGUACACUUAUACGGGAAAGUUUUGCAACUGGCUUUGAUUCAGUAGAACCAUGUUCUAUACUGUUGGAGGGCUUUGCUCAUGGCAAAUAUGAAAGUACCGGCAAAAUUAAACUAAAUAUUAUUAUUGACGAUAUAUCUCAUGAUGUUUACGUGUUAGUUGUGGCAGAUGACCUAAUAUGUGAAAACAUAUUACUCGGUAGGGAUAUUUUAUGCCAACAAGGUAGCCGUUUGGUAAUAGAAGGUGAUGAAUGCCACUUGGAGAGGAUUAUGGCCAUAUCUACCAGCAACGAGAUGAACCUGGAUGAACAAAGUAAACUCCAGAACGUGUUAAACAGCCACCGCACUACGUUUGCCGAUAAUUCACAUGAUUUAGGUGAAUGUAAGGUUUUCAACAUGGAUAUUAAACUAACAUCUGACGUACCAAUACACGUUAAACCAUAUCGUAUUCCGUUUUCUAAACGUCCAAUUGUUGAUACGUUGGUGAAUGAGCUUUUGGAUGCCAAUAUAAUACGACCAUCGAAUUCACCUUACGCUUCAGGUAUCGUCUUGGUGGAAAAGAAGAAUAAUGAACACCGCUUAUGUGUCGAUUUUCGCGCACUUAAUCGUAUCACUGUUAAAAUACCUUUUCCGAUGCCUAAUUUAGAGGAACAAUUUGCGCAGCUAGCCGGAAACGAAUACUUCACAUCGUUGGAUUUGCGAAUGGGCUACCAUCAAAUAAAAAUGGAUGAAUCUUCUAAACAAUAUACGGCGUUUGUGACAAUGCAGGGUCACUACGAAUACAAUCGAAUGCCUUUCGGUUUGGUGAACGCUCCAGCUGUAUUCCAACGCGUUAUGAACUCUUUAAUAGCCAAAAUGAAUCAAGGUGAGGUGCUGGCGUAUUUGGAUGAUGUUAUCAUUCCAAGCAAAACUGUUGAGGAGGGGUUACAACGUUUGGAGAAGUUUUUGUGCAUACUGGAUGAUGCUGGUUUAACUCUAAGACUGGACAAAUGUAAAUUCCUGGAACGUGAAAUUUCGUAUCUGGGGCACAAGGUGAGUGAGGGUGGAAUCACCCCGGGAGAUGGGAAAGUGAGUGCCAUAAAAAAUUUCAUACCUCCCAGAAAUGUUACUGAAGUCCGGCGAUUCCUGGGACUGACUGGGUUUUUCCGAAAAUUUGUAGAGGGCUAUUCGAUAAUAUCUAAGCCUCUGACCAAUUUAUUACGCAAAGAUGCCCAAUUCGUUUGGGGUGACGAUCAACAGAAGGCAUUCGGGAAAUUAAUUGAUGUACUUAGUAGUCGACCAGUAUUGUGCUUGUAUGAUUACGAUGCCAUACACGAAGUACAUACCGAUGCUAGCGCAGUUGGCGUUGCUGGUGUCCUACUUCAGUCUGCUUAUGGUAAAUCAUGGAGGCCAGUUUUCUACUACAGUCGACAUUGUACUCCAACGGAGUCCUCUUAUCAUAGCUAUGAACUUGAGAUGUUAGCUAUCAUCGAAUCUCUUGAGAGAUUUCGUAUAUAUGUUUUGGGUAAGCCAUUCCGAUUAGUUACGGAUUGUUCGGCGAUUGCGAAGGCGAGAAGUAAUAAGGAAAUGAUACCCAAAAUAGCACGGUGGUGGAUGAGAAUCCUCGAUUAUGACUGCGAAAUUUUACAUCGACAAGGCUCCCGCAUGAGCCACGUUGAUGCUCUAAGUCGAGCACCGGACCCAAACGCUCCUGAAAUAAAUGAAAUUGACCGUAUAAUGAGUCUGAAUAUUGAAGAGGAAGAUUGGCUACUCACGAUGCAAAUACAGGAUCCAGAUUUAUUGAAUAUUAUUGCUGUUUUGAGGGACCAAAAGCGUUCACCGCAGAAGGAGCAACUGAACCGAGAGUAUUCUUUGAUAAACAGGCGCCUGUAUCGCAAGGAAGAAGGUAAGGUGAAAUUUGUUGUUCCUAAGUGCGUUCGUUGGCGGGUGGUUAAGUCAUGCCAUGACGAUGUGGGCCAUUUUGGACUCGAAAAGACUAUCCAACGCAUCCAACAGAAUUUUUGGUUUCCGAAAAUACGGAAGUAUGUUAAGAAUUACAUUGCUGGUUGCAUUGAAUGUUGCUAUAAUCGAGCAAAGACUGGUAAGGCUGAAGGUCAGAUGUAUAUAAGUGAACCAGAACCUAUACCAUUCCGUCAGAUCCAUAUAGACCAUUUGGGUCCCUUUGUCCGUAGUAAGCGAGGAAACACCCACGUUUUGGCAAUAUCUGACGCCUUUAGCAAAUUUCUAAUCGUUAAACCAGUGAAGUCUACAAAGACACAGCCAGUUAUAACGGCGCUGAACGAGAUAACUAGUUAUUUUGGUUUGCCGAAAAUUAUUGUGUCGGACCGCGGUACCGCUUUCACAUCGAAAACUUUCGAACAGUAUUGUAAGCAGAAUAAUAUCAAACAUGUAAAAACAGCCGUACGUACCCCCAGGGCCAACGGUCAAGUGGAGAGGGCCAACGGUAUAAUCCUAUCAUAUUUACGAACUGCAGUCGAUAUAAAAGGCGAUUGGGAUCUUUCAUUAAGAGAUCUUCAGUGGAGUGUAAACUCUCAGAGAAAUGCUACUUCAGGGUUUAGCCCCAACGAAUUGGUUUUUGAUUUCAAACUCAUUGAUGUCGUACAAAAUCAUAUUAUCGCCGCAAUACAUGAUGACAUUUCCGAAAAUGAAGCGGAUACCUCCAGUGCAGAUAAACGUGAGUUGGCCAUUGUAAACGUCGCCAACGAGAAGAAAAAGUGGAAAGCUCGAUUUGACCGGAAACACAUCAAACCCACUUUAUAUGAACAAGGUGAUCUAGUGGUGGUAGAGAACGAAGCUGCAGCAACGGGUGAAUCCAGGAAGCUAGAACCCAAAUACAAAGGACCGUACACUAUCGCUCGAAUUCUUGAUAAAGACCGAUAUCUUAUUGAGGAUGUACCAGGAAUGUCGGUUACUUCAAGAAAAUUCUGUUCCGUAUUUUCUUCAGACAAGCUGAAACCCUGGUGCCGAACUUUGCCUGAAUUAGAUCUUGAUGAUGAAGACAAAGGAAUCGAGGACGAUCCCAAGUCAGGAUUGGCCGAACUGUCAGCCAACUGUCCCCAAAAUACAACUCUAACAGAAUAG